UGUAUGUUACUGCUUAAGUUAAGUUAAUUGGGAUGAAAUGGCAAUGUUAGGUAAGAGUACGAAAUUUAGAUAAUAUUAGCUCAAAGUUGUAAUAAAUUAUUACUGGUAAUUAAGGGAAAUAAAAGGCAAAGUUUCAUCUUAUCUACUUCAUUUCUUUGUCUACAGUGCCUUUCUCUCUCUCCUCUCUCUCUCUCUCUCUCUACUAUUCGUAGUUCGUACCUGCACUAUUAUUGUAGUCGACUCUCCAAUAGCAAUCUGUGAAAAACUCGCAGCUAACAAAAACCUCAUCUUAAAAUCCGAUCAACCCCUCAAAUUCAAGAAAAGAAUGAAAAGGGACCAUAUGAAUGAAGAAAAUUUCUCGAGCAGCGGCAGCUGCAGCUCAUCGGCCGGCAAAGCUAAGAUGUGGUCGUCUGAGGCCGAAGAUUCCGCCGGAUUUGACGAGCUCUUUGCCGUUCUGGGCUACAAGGUGAACACCUCUGACAUGGCGGAGGUGGCGCUGAAGAUCAAACAGUUGGAGGAAGCGAUGGGCGGCGGCGGCCUCUCUCAGCUCGCUUCCGACACCGUCCACUACAACCCUUCGGAUCUCUCGUCCUGGCUCGAUUCCAUGAUCUCCGGUCUCAACCCGGUCCCCGAAUUCGGCUCCUCUUCAGAUCCCUUUCUCGAUUCUUCCACCAUCACCACCGCCGACAACGGCGGCGGCAGCCUCGCCGCUCAGAUGGUGGUUGACUCCGAUUUCGGGUCGGAUCUUAUUUCCAUCCCCGGAAAAGCCGUCUACCCCAUAACCCAACCCCCUCCGCCGCCGCAGCAGCACCACCACCAGCCACAGGCCAAGAAACUGAAAACGUCGCCGUAUUCAGUUAACCCCGCCGCGAGUACGAACACCGAACCGGUUUUCGCUCGACCCGCUGAGUCGACUCGGUCACUCGUCCUGGUUGACUCUCAAGAAAACGGCGUGAGGCUCGUCCACACUUUGAUGGCCUGCGCAGAGGCCGUACAGAAGGAGAACUUCAAAUUGGCUGAAGCUCUGGUGAAGAAAAUCGGAUCGUUGGCCGUUUCGCAACCCGGUUCGAUGAGAAAAGUAGCUACGUAUUUCGCCGAAGCGUUAGCUCGGAGAAUUUACAGAUUGUACCCGACGAAUCCACAGGAAUCCGCCUUCACCGAUUUGCUCGAAACCCACUUUUACGAGACCUGCCCGUACCUGAAAUUCGCCCACUUCACCGCAAACCAAGCGAUCCUCGAAGCUUUCGCGGGUCAAAACCGAGUCCACGUCAUCGAUCUCGGCAUCAAACAGGGUAUGCAGUGGCCGGCCCUUCUACAAGCCCUGGCAUUGAGGCCGGGGGGCCCACCUCGCUUCCGUCUGACGGGGGUCGGCCCCUCCUCCCACGAUCAUUUGAAUGAAGUGGGAUAUAAGUUGGCUCAAUUGGCCCAAACGAUCAACAUAGAGUUCGAAUACAAGGGGGUCGUGGCAAACUCGUUGGCCGAUCUCGACGCAUCGAUGUUCGAUGUAAAGGAAGGCGAAGCGGUGGCAGUGAAUUCGAUAUUCGAGCUGCAUCAAUUGCUAGCGAAAACGGGGGCAAUCGAGAAGGUGUUGAAAUUCGUGAGGGAAUUGAAGCCCGCGAUUCUGACGGUUGUCGAACAAGAGGCGAAUCACAACGGGGCGGUUUUCUUGGACCGGUUCAACGAGUCCUUGCAUUAUUACUCGACCCUCUACGAUUCUCUGGAGAGUUGCGGUGGUGGCGGCGGUGAUGGGGCGGUGAGCGAUCAAGAUAAGGUGAUGAGUGAGGUUUACUUGGGGCGGCAAAUAUGCAAUGUGGUGGCGUGCGAGGGUGUGGAGAGGGUGGAGAGGCACGAGACGUUGGGGCAGUGGAGGGCCCGUUUGGGGUGGGCCGGGUUCGGGCCGGUGCAUUUGGGCUCAAAUGCGUAUAAGCAAGCGAGUAUGUUGUUGGCAUUGUUUGCGGGUGGGGGUGGGUAUGUGGUGGAGGAGAACAAUGGGUGUUUGAUGUUGGGGUGGCAUACAAGGCCACUUAUUGCUACUUCUGCUUGGAAAAUUAGGUGAUUUAUCAUAAUUAAUUACUAUUCGGUUAAGUUGGUUAUGGAUUAAUUAAUUAACUGUUUUUUUUUUUGUGGGGUGGAAAAGCAUAUAGUUUGGUAGUUGUUUGUAUGGCGUGAGUAUAUAUAUACAUUUGGCGUCUCCAUUAGUGUUUGGAAUUCAAAUGGAUCUAAUAUUGAGAGA